CCAACCUAGUUAACUUAAAUAAUAUCUACCGGUAACUAACAGGUAAGUACCUAGUUAACUAACUACAUAGUAAGCCAGAGUCAGGUCACGGCAGUAUCCUCGAUCCUCAAUCCAGCAUCUCGUCAGCUCCAGUCAAUAUAUCUUCCCAGUACAUUUUAUGCGGGCAUUCCUUUCACAUCUACCUCAGAUUUUACUUUCCAGAGGCCUAGUACGUACUAGUUACAAUCUGAAGCCCUCGGCCACGGGAUUUCUGUCAUUCACCAUCUGCCAUAAAAGUCCGCAGAAGGAAACCAACACAAAUCUAUCUUUCAAAUACUGGCUGCAGAAACUUUCUGUCGAAAACAUCCUUCGCAAUGACUGUCAACGCAUCACCCCCGCAGUCGAACAACUCUGCCCAGGCCUGGUUCGAUCAAAUCAAAAGGCAGAUACAGACAGCUACUCAAUGCACGGAGCUAAGAUUCGAGAAUAUCUCGACUGAUCAGGGCUCAUUACUGCUUGACUCACUCUCUCAAGAUCCUGAUAUUGAACGACGCAAUCCUCGUUUCAGUUAUAACUCCUUUACCAAAGUGCUUAACGUUUUAAUCAUGCCCACGAAUGUACAUAAUGUUCAUCAACAGUGGAUCCAUGAAGAGAACAUGCGGAUGGCUCUUUCUGGAUUCUUAAAUGCUGCAGAAGCGCUUGGCUUGAAGACGGGGGUUGGCACGACUAUUUCUGAUUUCACGGGACAGUAUACUGGGUCGCGAAAAGAUCCAGACUUCCUCAUCCACUAUGAUUCUGUACUGAUGCCAAGCAUUGCAAUUGAAAGCGGGUGGACCGAAAGUUUGCCACGGCUCCAUGGAGAUAUGUGCAUGUGGCUUGUUGGUGGGCUGCCAGCAGUACAGGUUGUUAUUGUUCUCUGUUGGACAAAGACCAUCGAGACUCCGGUCCAUAGAGUCAAGGGAAUUUUUGAAGUUUGGGAACGAGACGCUGGAAACACUCCAUACCUGAAGCAAAGCGGAGCCAUCUUCCCAGUGCCGGCAAAUGCAGCGACCCAGGUUAUCCCUAUAACUCGAGCUCAGCUCUUUGGGCCCGCGCACGUAUUUCCUGGAAGAAAUGGUGCCGACGUAUGGAAUCUGAGUGUCGAUAUAUUGCGUACUUGGGCGAGUGCUGAAAUCGUCAAUAUGGGAUUUCAACCGGCGUGACUUGUCUACUUAAAGGACCGUCAGAUACUAUGUCGGAAUCUGCCUACAGGCAGAUCUCCUGUCGGGUUUCUCCCACGCCUUUCUAGCCCCUCCACCCACAGGGAUAAAUAGUCUGAGCUAGUUGCUAGAUAAAUCCAAGCUCAGCGAGCUUUGCUCCAG